GAAAAAGUCAGAUACACUUUCCAUUGCUUUCCAUACAGGGGACUACACUGGUUGCACCUAAUGUUCACUUUGAGACCUUUCUCAGUGCCUGUGUGUCCCAUUUGGCGUUAUAGACGUUAGUGCAUUGCUGCUGCUUUGAGGAUGCUGCUUGGGCUUUGGAGGAUUGAGCACUAGAAGUUUGGAUUGUUACUCCCACAGAAUAGAGACAUUCUCGCAUCCACAGGGAGAAAACGCAGGACUUCUACAGACUUCACUCAUUCACUCUGGAUGGGGGUGAUCUGGCUGGUUCCCCUCUUGUGAACCUCACUCCCUGGCUGCUGAUGGGCCCUGGUGUAUGAGGAUUGCGCACACUGGACUGCUCUUCCCUUCUGUCCCUUUACUGGAGGUGCUGAGAGAGGGAAUUACUGCUGGAGUUUGCUGGAACUGAACUUGGGAAUCUGUCCCCAGAGAGUUACUGAAACCUCUGUGUUGUGUCCUGCCAGGCACACGCCUGCUGCAAGACAGGGGGAUCCUUUUACACCACAGGCUUUCCAGGACCUCCCACAUGGUACCGGGGACCACGUAGUGGUGCUUGCGUCUCAUGCAUGCUCCCAGCCAGCCGGAUGGGGUUGUUCUCGGUGUGGCGCACAGGAAAAGCAGGGGGUGGGUACGCUGACGGCAUGCUGCUGCUCUGCCUCUUUUUGGUCGGCUUGGUGAUUGCCCGUCCAUCUUACAGCCGAGGGGAGGACACCACUGUGGAACCAGAAGAACCUCCAACCAAAUACCAAAUCUCCCAGCCGGAUGUUUUUACCGUUAUCCCCGGCAAGCCACUUGAUCUGCGCUGUCCUCACAACGAUGCGUCCCUGGUGAUUUGGACCAAGGAUGGGGUGAAAUUAGAAUCCGGCAAUAGGACGGUGAUUGUCCUGAACUACUUGCGGAUAAAUGAGACGUUCCUCAGGGAUUCAGGGCUGUAUGCUUGCUCAGUGCAUAAAGGGGCCCAGAGCAAUACCCAUUUCUUCCUUGUGAAUGUCACAGAAGCCAGCUCCUCAGGAGAUGACGAAGAUGACAGCGACAAUGAUGUGUCAGAAAAUGUCACCAGUGACAACAACAAUAUAAAGGCCCCCUUUUGGACAAACCCGGAGAAGAUGGAGAAGCGGCUUCAUGCUGUUCCAGCUGCCAAUACAGUGAAGUUGCGCUGCCCGGCCGGAGGGAACCCAACUCCUUCCAUGAGGUGGUUAAAGAACAACAAAGAAUUCAAACAAGAACAUAGGAUUGGCGGGUACAAGGUACGUAACCAACACUGGAGUCUGAUCAUGGAGAGCGUUGUUCCCUCUGACAAGGGCAUGUACACUUGCAUUGUACAAAAUGAACAUGGGUCUAUCAACCACACUUACAGCCUGGAUGUCAUAGAGCGCUCCUCGCACAGACCCAUAUUGCAGGCUGGUCUACCUGCCAAUACCACUGCAGUUGUAGGAGGGCAUGCCGAAUUUGUUUGCAAAGUAUACAGUGAUGCCCAGCCUCACAUUCGCUGGGUGCGAUAUAUAGAGCUGAACGGGAGCAGAUAUGGAGUUGACGGGACACCAUACGUGAAGGUUUUGAAGCACUCGGGAAUAAACAGUUCCAGUGCUGAGGUGCUGAAUCUGCACAAUGUGACAGAAGCAGAUGCCGGCGAAUAUAUUUGUACGGUCUCCAAUUAUAUUGGACAGGCUAACAAGUCAGCCUGGCUCACGGUGGUGAAGCAAGAACCAGGUACAGAGGCCCCUGUGGAGGAAAAUAUUUUGCCUUACUACACAGAAAUCGGUAUAUACAUUGGCGGAGCCUUUGUUAUCCUGUGCUUUAUCGCCAUUUGCAUCAUGUUCCAUCUCCGCAAUGGAGCAAAGAAGAAGAAAACCUUAAUUGGGCCACCUGUAGUCCACAAGCUCAGCAAGCGAAUUCCACUGCACCGUCAGGUAACAGUGUCAGCUGAUUCCAGCUCCUCCAUGAACUCCACCACGCCGCUGGUGAGGAUCACUACACGACUGCUGUCCAGUGCCGAUACCGUGCUGCUACCAAAUGUGUCUGAGUACGAGCUGCCUCAUGACCCGAAGUGGGAGUUCCCACGAGACAAGCUGACACUGGGUAAACCCCUUGGCGAGGGCUGUUUUGGUCAAGUGGUUAUGGCAGAGGCUCUUGGGAUUGACAAAGACCGCCCCAAGGAGUCUGUGACUGUUGCAUUGAAGAUGUUGAAAGAUGACGCCACGGAGAAAGACCUAUCAGACCUGGCCUCUGAGAUGGAGAUGAUGAAAAUGAUCGGAAAACAUAAAAACAUCAUUAACUUGCUGGGUGCAUGCACCCAAGGAGGUACUUUAUACGUAAUUGUAGAAUAUGCUGCUAAGGGGAAUCUGCGGGAGUACCUAAGGGCCCGGCGCCCCAUAGAGAUGGAAUACUCCUAUGACAUUAACAGGGUACCCGGAGAACAGAUGACUUUCAAGGACUUGGUAUCAUGUACUUAUCAGCUGGCCAGGGGCAUGGAGUACUUGGCGUCACAGAAGUGUAUCCACCGGGAUCUCGCUGCUAGGAACGUGCUGGUCACUGAGAGCAAUGUCAUGAAGAUUGCCGACUUCGGCCUGGCGAGAGAUGUCAACAAUAUAGAUUAUUAUAAAAAAACAACAAAUGGCCGGCUUCCUGUUAAGUGGAUGGCUCCAGAAGCACUUUUUGACCGGGUAUACACUCAUCAAAGUGAUGUCUGGUCGUUUGGUGUCUUAAUGUGGGAGAUCUUCACUCUGGGAGGUUCUCCGUACCCUGGCAUCCCCGUUGAGGAACUUUUCAAAUUGCUGAAAGAAGGUCAUCGGAUGGACAAGCCAGCCAACUGCACCAAUGAACUGUACAUGAUGAUGAGAGACUGCUGGCAUGCCAUUCCCUCUCACAGGCCCACCUUCAAACAGCUGGUGGAAGACUUGGAUCGAAUCCUCACAUUAACCACCAAUGAGGAAUACCUCGACCUCAGCAUCCCCCUGGAGCAGUAUUCUCCAAGCUUCCCGGACUCCUCUUGCUCUGCAUCAUCAUCUGGUGACGAUUCUGUAUUUUCCCCUGACCCUAUGCCACAUGAACCCUGUCUCCCAAAAUUUCAACAUGUAAAUGGCAGCGUAAAAACAUGAGGCAUCUUGCGUUCUGCAGUCCACUUUUGAAGACUGCCAAUGACACUGUCACAUCCUGCAGAACGCUGGGGAAUGUGGAACUUUCCAUGAAAGAGCACCCACAAGGUGGGAAGAGAACACAGGGCAGACCCCACUGUACUUUCUCUUGCAAAUCCCGGUAAUGUGGGCUUCAGAGGGCAGGUGAAGGGCAUGGACCUCACCUGGGUAACACGUGCGGAGAAACCCGAAGAAAGAUGUGCCUGGUCAGUGAAAGGAGAAUGUUGAGUGCCAUUUCAGGCAUGGCAAAGUCCGCUACACGGUGUCUACACAUUUGUUUUCUAUGGACUCGAGGCCAAUACACGUCUUCUCUCGCCUUUCUUGUUAAUUUUGUAAUAUUGUGAGAAAUUAUUAUAUUCCUGCACCCACGUCCCUUCGAUCCUUCACUAGAGCACAUAUACAGCAUUGUCGCUGUUGGAUAUAAAUGUAAAUAUAUUCAAAAUAUGUAUAAAUAUAUAUAUUAUAUAUUUACAAUGAAUUAUUUUUUUGUAUUGAUCUAAAAAAAAAAUAAUAAUAAAAAAACGAACAAUAAAUCCAUUCUAUGCUGGAUAGGAAUAUUAAUUUCGGUCAUACUCCUGUCUAGCAGAGAAUGGAUGGGCAAGGUAGAUCUUCGGGAUUAAUUCCUUAUUACUUUUGUAGCGCUAAAACAAAGUUGCAGGAUAUGGGACUGCCCAAAUACCAUUCUGCGAGAAUGUUUUUUACUAAUUAUUUUUAUGUGAUCCAGAGAUAACCUAUUGUGUCCUUUUUUGGGCCAGAGAAAUCCACAGAAGUUUCCAGGGGUCACUGGGCUUAAACGUGCUAAGAAAUUUGUCCCAGUGGUUAAUGUGGUGUAAUAAAAAGAAAGGAACACAGAAUGCUAUAAAGAGUAAAGCUUAUGAAGACCUUAUUGUAAAAAGAUUUAUAUGAUAUUUAUGCUAUAAACAGAAAGGAAUGAAUCUUUCUUUAAAAUAAAAAAAGUCUAUUUGUUUCUUUUCACUGAAAAUGAAAUGUAACUUUUGUAAACGGGGAGGGUAAAGGGCAAGGUUAAAUUUGUAAAUAAAAAAAGAAAAUUGCUACUUUUUUA